AUGUCUCGACCAUGGAUGACAUCCAAGUCCGGAUUCUCAGAAACUCCGUCAGAUGUCAAGCCAUCAUUAAAAACAGCUUGGGAUGAUGAUCCUGAAGAUUACAAAAACCUAUUCAAUAUUUCUUCAGUACAGUCUUCAUUAUCAUCAACACCACAAAUCAAACCUGCAUCUCAAACAAAGCGCAAGUCUCCAUGGAGUCCUGGCUCUUCAUCACGCCCUAAAAAGCUCAAGCGCCAACAAUCUCUUAAAGAAACUCUUCCUGUUGCUUUGAAAAAUACAACUCCAUUCAUUGGUCUUAGCAAAGAACAGCGUAAAGUUCUAGAACUGGCAAAAACUGGGAAAUCAAUCUUCUUCACAGGUGCUGCAGGUACAGGCAAAUCGUUUCUCCUAAGUCAUAUCAUUGAGGCUCUUAAAAAAAGAUUCAAACCUCAAGGAAAUUUCCCUGCUGUUCAGGUCACAUCUUCCACAGGUUUGGCUGCCAUUAGUAUUGGUGGAACAACUCUUCAUCGCUUUGCUGGUAUUGGUUUGGGAGAUAGCAGUCCUCGCCACUUGGCUGAAAGAAUCAACCGCACCAAAACAACAAAAGAACGCUGGAAAUCUACUCGGGUUCUCAUCAUUGAUGAAAUUUCUAUGGUAGAUGGUGUACUGUUUACUAAAAUUGAAGAAAUUGCCCGCCUGGUUCGAGGUAGCGAUGACCCCUUUGGUGGAAUCCAGCUCAUUGUCACUGGUGACUUUUUCCAACUACCUCCCAUCAAUAAAAAAUCUAAAGCCUCUUUUGCAUUUGAAACCGAGGCUUGGACACGAUGCAUUUCCCACUCACUGGUCCUUGAAGAAGUUUUCCGUCAAAAGGGUGACUCGCGCUUUAUCGAUAUUCUCAAUGCCAUGCGCAGAGGUCUUCUUACAAAGGAAAUGAAAGACACUCUCCAAAAACUUUCCAGACCUAUCACAUACCCAGAUGGAUUGGAGCCCACUGAACUUUAUGCUAUCCGUGAAGAUGUUGCAAAGUCCAACGCAAGGCGUCUCAAACAACUUAAAGGUAUAAGGUACAUUUACUCACAAUCAGACAAAAAUGUUGCAAAUAUGGACCCUAUUCGUAUAGACAAAUUAUUUAACGACGCAGCAACUAUUAGUCCUUCUCUUGAACUUUGUGUCGACUGCCAGGUCAUGGUCACGCGCAACUUGCCCGAAUUAAAGCUAGCUAAUGGAACUUUGGGCCGUAUUAUUGGGUUUGUCAGUGGAGAUCGUUAUAAAGAAAUUUCUAUUAAUGCCAUGAAUAGAAACAUUAAUGAAAAUAGCCCUGAGUUUGAGCGUAUGGUUAUUGCUGGUCAAGCCCAAAUGGAAACCAAAAUGAGGGUCCAAACAAUGAACUCAUUUGUCAAAAUGCAAGCCAAUAACACCAUUGUAAGUAUCAGUUGUGCUGGCGCUGCUUUCAGAGCUGAUUCCAAUCUUGAAAAUAUGAAUUCUCUUGCCGAUAUUUUUUCCACAAUGCUACCGCUCCCCAUUGUGCGCUUCUCUCUUGACCCAUAUGGAAUCGAAACUUAUACCACAGCUGUGCCUCCAUUCAGAUAUGAUCUUAUUCUUCCUCCAAGUGUUGCUGAAAGACGUAGUAAUCCGGAAGUUAUUUCUCGAACCCAAAUCCCCCUAGUCCAUUCAUGGGCAAUGUCCAUCCAUAAAGCCCAGGGUCAAACACUCCCCAGAGUCAAGGUCGAUCUCGGCAGAAUCUUUGAAAAUGGUCAUGCCUACGUUGCAAUCUCCCGUGCAACCUCCAUGGACUCACUCCAGAUUUCUAACUUCUGCCCUGAAAAAGUCACCGUCAAUACUACAGUCGCCAACUUUUACCGAAAAAUGAAAGAGCAAGCUGAAAAACAAAAUGAAGUCAAAAAACCUCAGCAACCAACCAUUACAUAUAGUGUAUCUGUAGAUGCCGAUGACGGCUUUGAUUAA